GCUGCGGUUUCUGAAUUCAUAUCUGUUGUCAACUUUGUUGUCAGCAACAGUUGUUGUGGAUGCAGAGCAGUAAGGCAUUAUUAGUUCAGUUUCAGGUGUAGUUAGUACAGUGUUCACAGGCCAGGCCGCUUACGCUAGCUGUAAGAAGUGUAGCUGUAAAUGCGUUUGUUUGUGUCAGUUUUAGCAUGACUAGCUAACUUAACUACCUAACAACGAAGUUGAGACUGACUGCAGCCACCAGUAGCGCCAAAUUCAAACAGCGCUCUGUCACCACUGAGCGCUGGACUACCUGGUUUAGGUGUAGCUCUCAGUUUAUAAUGUUUAUAAUGUUAGUUUGCUAACUGCGCCUUGAAUUAGCUAGCACUGUGUGUUUAAUUUCGUUUUUAUAGCUAUGAGAAUUAAUAGCUAACACCCUCAGUGCAAGCUAACUAGCUACUUAGCUAGGUCAGGUAACCUAGGUAACGGUAGCUGUCCGGUUGUAUUGCUAACUAGGUUGUCCAGCUAAGCUAGUUAGUUAUAUAUAUUUUAAGCAAUUGGAGGCCAGAACACGCACUUGUGGAUUUCCUAUUAUAGUUAUUCUAUGCCAAUUUUAGAAAAAAUAUCAACACGGUAGCAUUGGCAACUUCAUUAGGAAUGGAUUAUGGUUCUUCUGUACUGCAUAACAUCCACUUGAAUGACUCCACAUCAAGCGCAGAUGCAGCUGAUGUUUUAAUUCGCUCCACUAAAGUAGCUCCAGAGCUAAACAGAAAGAAAGUUGCCAGUGAAGGAGAGUUAUCCAACAACUGCAAUGUGAAUAUCUUUGUCCGAAGACUGUCAGACUCAACCCAUAGUUCAUGUUUGGAGCAAACUUUCACUAAUGAAUUAAUGGAGCAAGUAGUCCCACCAGUCCGCCCUGUGAACAUGCCAUCAGCAAUCAGAGGAUGUAUUGAAGAAGAAGAUCAUACCUCACCAAAUCCACCUGCAAGGAAAAAUUAUGUUCCUAGAGCAGGUAAAGUCAUGCUGAAACCGUCAGUCAUCCAAAGGAAGUGGCAGAAACAAGAGCAAGAUGUACACAUAUCACGAUACUCCGCUGAUGGGAGAGGUGCAGUUGCAGCUGCCCUGAAACAGAGAUCCCAUGGUGCACCGCAAAGGCGGGAAGUGAAGGUGCAGUUUCUGGAUUCAGGCUCGCUCCACAGCUCUGAAUUUCGAGGUCCUGAGGUCCAGCCUAGUCCUGCUUUUCCAUCAGGGGAUGUUGGAGGUGCUUCAACUGUGGCAGCCAUUACAGCUGCUGCUAUUGCAGCCACUGCUCCGCUUAUUAAGGCUCAAAGCGACAUGGAGGCUCGUAUGGCUCAGGUGGCCUCUGAGCUCCGACGGCUCCAGGAGAGCGAGGGCCGAACGGACAGAUCAGCCGAGAGCAGGGCAACCAGUGACGCAGGCAGAGUGACCCAGCUGGAGGUGCAGCUGACCGCACUGACCCAGCAGAGACUUCAGCAUCUGGAGAGAAUCCAAGGCCAGCAGCUUGAGCUCCAGAAUCGCCUCCUGGGCUCUGCUCUGACUGCUGUAACAGCAGGCACCAUCCCACCCUCACAGUCCACACACCACUCAAACUCUGGAGAAACUCAUUCAGAUUCAGUACAGAGGGCGCUUAACUCACACAAAUGUGCUGCUGAAGACAGUUCUACAGUUGUCCAGGAUCAAAGCAGGGAGACUCGAGCAGGAAGAGAAAAAAGUCCUUUGGAGACACCAGCACCCCGCAAGGUUAUCCCCAGACCAACCCACUGGAAUCCUGCCCUCCAGGACAGCCAACAAGGGAGCAGCAAGGGCCGCAAAGCCACCCACAAGAGCCAUGGAAAUGGCAGGCUGCUGGAACAGAUCCCUAACAACCAGAGAUCUCCCACGAGAUAUCCAGCACACACUGUUGGGGUACGGGGAGUUGCCAUAGCAACAGUUGACAGCCAACCAGAGCAAUCCAGAGAAAACCAACCAGAAGCAUUUAUCUUUUCCACUGGAAGGCCUAGGCCAGAGGAGUCAGCUGAUGCUUUGACCAAGCCCUCCAGCAAGCAGCACAUCCAGGCAGGCUUGAAGGAUGUGAACCCUUUGACCGAUAGAGCUCCAGAAAGUUCCACUUCAGCUGUACAGCAGGCCGCCGCCAUGCUGCAGGAUCUGAGCAGAAUCAAAAAUGAGAUGAGAAGCCUGCUCCGGACUGCUGAUGCGUUUCCUGUGAAGAGUGCCGAGGCGAGCCGUAGCAGCAGAAGCAGCCGCCACGCUCUGCCCUCUACUACUCCUCCUCCUCCUCCCGUACCCCCCGUCUCCAUGCAGGGUGAUACGGUCACUUCAGGGGCUGCUAGGGCACACCCCACAGUACUGCAGAACAGCCAGCCACCUGCCUCGAUGUUUGAGGAUGCAGGACUUGUCCUCAGGCAAGUCAGACACAGCAGGAAGGUUCUGGAGGAGAACCUGCAGGCUGUUUUGAGAGCCAAGGAUGGAGAGGCGCUUCAUACACAACUGGAGGCAUUGUCUAACAACAGGGAUGCCAGCGAGGAGCUGAGAAUAAAGAAGACUGUUGAUGCCUGGAUAAACACACUGAGCAAGGAUAUACAGAAUGAACUUGUGCACCCCGGCUCUGCUGCUCAGUCCAAGGGUGUGGAGAGAAUCAGCGGGGCAGCAGCGGGCAGCACUGUGCAGCGAGACCAGAGCAGUAGGAGCAGGAACACCCCUGGCACCGGGAGAGGGAGCGUAAAGAUUGGAAGAGGGGGGAAAAGAGCCACUGCAGUUGCAGCAGCAGCAACAGCAACAGAAGUAGCUAGAAGAAGACAACAGGGCAGAGCAGAGGCAGUGAGCACACAGCCGUCCAACCAGCACCUCAGCUCCUCUCUCAGAAACUCAGCUGAGGAGCAUCCACAAGCGUCGGUGGUGCCGCAGUCUGAGGAUGAUGAGGCGUACCUGGCGAAGAUUUAUGGGAAGGCUCUGUAUGAGGGCCAUCGACGCACACUGAAGAAAGGUCCCUAUCUCCGCUUCAGUUCCCCCAGUCCGAAAUCCAAAGGUCACCGUCCUAAAGUGAUCGAGAGUGUGAAAGGCGUGAAGAUGAAAUCCUCCAAGACGCAGACCAGCAUGUCUGGAGCUCAGGAUCCGUCAUCUUUGCUGCAGCCUGCAGUCCCUGGGACACAGUACCUAUUCAGUCCCAGCGGUCCUGUUCAGCAGCAGCAGCAGCAACCUGGCUGCUCUGUGCCGGGCUUCCUCAUCCCCAUGGCUAUUCCUCUGGGUAAGCCCAAAGUUGACGGCCAGGCGCCUUUGCCUUCAAGAGUCAUCAUCAGUGACAAGCCGGCCACUGUGAUCACCUCCUUCACUCCCGCCGUCACCCCUACAGUGGUUCCUUCUGUCCGUAAGCCCAACACAGUGCUGCUGGAAGUGCAGUCUGAGCAGAGGAGACCUACUCCACAGCUCCAGAUACAGGUUCAGCCCAGUGUGAACAUUGAGAGUGUUACUGCCCCGAGUCCUGACCUCUCUCCUCCUCUUCACAUCGCUCCUCCAGACAUUCAGGCUGGGGCAGACACACGGUCAAUUGGAGAAGAAGAUGAGGAGGAGGAUGAUGAUGAUGAUAAUGGCUUCCCUGGAACAAAGUUCUUGGCUGUUGCUGACAUUCUGCAGGAGCCUGAAGUGGAUGAAGAAGCUCCGGAAGAAGCGCCUAUAGAGUUAAAUGGGUUACCCUCUCCUCCUGCCGCUCUCUACCAUGGCCCGGCUUUCCCUCUUGAGCCUCGCCAGACUGGCCCCCUCACUGAGCCUAUACUCAGCACCAUCCAGCAAAGAGAGACUCUGGAGAACAGGCUAGUGGACUGGGUUGAGCAACAGCUCAUGGCAAGAAUGAUCAGCGGGAUGUUUCCUCAGCCAGCUCAAACAGACCCAGCCAACCAGUCAGAGCCAGAUGACAGCGUGACCUCAGACAUAGUGGAGACGGCGGGAGGCGGAGGGCUGCAGCUGUUUGUGGAUGCCGGUGUGCCAGUGGACUCGGAGCUCAUCAGGCAGUAUGUGAACGAGGUACUGGCGGAAAUCAUCACCUUAAUGCUGGGCCAGAGGGAAGGCCCCAGAGAGCCUGCUGCCCCUGCCUCAAUCCGGGACACACUCCCUCGACAGAAGACUCCAGUGCCAACACCAGUGCCCACUCCUGAGCCCAGUGUGAGAGGGAGUCCUCCAGUUCUGAGAGAAGCUCUGUCUCCUAUCAGUACUCCGGAUCUCUCUGAGCAGCCUUCUCCAGUUCAGUCCCGCAGAGACAGCCAGCCUGAGCAACCGCAGCCAACUUCACCAGAACCAGCGAAGACUCCGGUGGGGACGCCACUUUCCUCCCCACGCAGGAUUGCGACACCGUCUCCCCCUUCAGAACUGGCAGGCCCGCACAACCUCCCGUGGGGAAACUCAGAGCUUCCUCUGAAGGAGGAGGAACCACACAGUGAGGAAGAGGAGAACCAACCAAAACCAUUAAAUGUGCUGUCAGUUGCUCGUGAGGAAGAUGAAGAGGCAGUUUUACCGCCAUCUUCUCCAGUCCUAUCCAAACCCCUGAGUCCUCCAGUUUCAGCAGUAAAGGAGGCUCCUCCUGCUCCUCCUGAGUCUCCAUCUGUGGAGGAGAGCAGCUCACAAGUCAGCCCUUCCCUCACUGAGACUGAGACUGAGACUGCAGCCAGACACAUCUCUGAGGGAGAGCUGCUGCUCAGUACUGGCCAGAUGGCUGCAGUCAGAGCUUUGGAAGAAGAGGGCUUCAAUGUGCCCAACCUGAUGACCAGCUUCAACAGUUCACUACACGGAGUACAGGAUAUGGACUACGAUCCCCCAAGUGAGGGUCAGGUGAUUAGAAGGCCUGUUGUUUCUGCCCACCAUGACCCAAUCCUCUCUCUACUUGCCAAGAUGGAACAGGGACCAGUCAGCCAGGCACAGCAACGAGAGAGAUACUGGGACGAGGAGAGCAGUGGGGAGGUGAGUGAGGGCCAGCGGCCACCUCUGACCACAGCACAGGAGAAAGUGGUGACUGGACACUCUCUCAUACUCCAGCAGCCCACCCAGUCCACCCAGCCCACUGCAGAGCAGAGUCCACACACCACCUUGACCUCACCUGGACAACUGCCAGUUCAGCACACAGGUCCUGGAAAUGGUGCUGCAGGUGAGGACAGUGGGCUGUCGAUCAACUUCAGACCAUCAGAGACACAUGCAGAAACUCCACAGGCUCUUCAGUCAUUUACUGCAUCGUCCCCUCAGCCAGGAGACUCUACUCACAAACAGGCUGCUGAGGCUCCGCAGACGCAUCACAGACCUGCUCCAAUUCUGGUGAAGCAAUACCAACACGAAGAUGAGUCAGACUUGCUCGCCCAGAGAAGGAGCUCGAAUGACACGGAUGCUUUCUUUGAGGACAUGGCUAAAGGAGCUGAGCUAACUCCACACGCGGGAGGAGGUGUGGGGCUGAUGUCAGUCAGGCUGCCGUCAGUCCAGAAGGACGACGUCUCGCCCGAUGUCAGCACUAUAGAAGGAGACUCGGAUUCAGCCAAUGAUGUGUUCUAGAGCUGGCCUCCUGCAGCUGUCAGUAAGUAGCUGCAGGGUUGGGAGGAUGUUGGAGCUGUGGGACUGCUCUGAAUUAUUCAUUUACAUCACUGUACAUUGUGAACGGACAGCAUGAUAUGUCUUGCGGUUAGUCUAACUGGGGUCCUGUGCUCAAGGGGUCUGCUUUAUCACCUCCCAAGCACACAAAGUGACAUCACACUUGACAGUAUCUGACAUCCAACUGAACGUGUGACCUUCCACCACCCAAGCUGGCUGUAAUGUGAUGCUAGAAUAGAGGAAUAAUGUGAUGAAGAAUCGCUGUGAAUAUGAUGAGUUUUUAAUAUUUGUAGCACAAGAGUGAUUUACUUGUGUUUUUUAAUGCUAAUAAAUAUUUUAUGACAAAACCUCA